AUGUCCUCCGCCCGACGCUUCUGGCGCCUCGGCGCCCCAGCCGUCUCCGCCGUGGUUGCCUCCGGCGGCUAUUUGCUCCUCUCCCCUAACCUUGCCUCCAGCGACCGAGGCGGCGGUCCGGCUCUCGACUCCUUGAAGCUGAAAAUCCACGAUCCCGGGGUCUCCGUUCCUUCCCGUGCCGCGCAGGAGUCGGCUCUGAUCGGCUCCACCGCCUCCAAUCCUCUCGACAUUCUGGUCGUCGGCGGCGGCGCCACUGGUUGCGGAGUCGCGCUCGAUGCAGUCACGAGAGGCCUCCGCGUCGGCCUCGUUGAGAGAGAGGAUUUCGCUUCCGGCACGUCUUCCAGGUCCACCAAGCUAAUCCAUGGAGGAGUUCGCUACCUGGAAAAGGCAGUCUUUAAUCUCGAUUAUGGGCAGUUGAAGCUAGUAUUCCAUGCACUUGAGGAAAGGAAACAGGUUAUUGACAAUGCACCACAUCUCUGCCAUGCUUUGCCAUGCAUGACACCUUGCUUCGAUUGGUUUGAAGUAGUAUACUAUUGGGCGGGGCUGAAAAUGUACGAUUUGGUCGCUGGAGCACGCUUGUUACACCUUUCCAGAUAUUAUUCUACACAAGAGUCUGUUGAAUUGUUUCCAACUCUUGCAAAGAAUGGCAAAGAUAGAAGCUUAAGGGGAACAGUGGUGUAUUAUGAUGGGCAGAUGAAUGACUCUCGGCUUAAUGUUGCUUUGGCAUGUACUGCUGCAUUAGCUGGUGCUGCAGUGCUGAAUCAUGCUGAAGUUGUAUCGUUUCUGAAAGAUGAGGCUAGUGGGAGGGUAAUUGGUGCUCGUGUUAGGGACAACCUAUCAGGCAAAGAGUUUGAUGCCUAUGCAAAAGUUGUUGUGAAUGCUGCUGGCCCAUUUUGUGACUCUGUGAGGAAAAUGGUGAAGGAUGAUGUACAACCCAUGAUCUGCCCUAGCAGUGGUGUACAUAUUGUUCUACCUGACUAUUAUUCACCAGAAGGAAUGGGACUGAUUGUUCCGAAAACAAAGGAUGGACGUGUUGUCUUUAUGUUGCCGUGGUUGGGGAGAACAAUUGCCGGGACGACAGAUUCUAAUACGUCUAUUACUCCUCUCCCAGAGCCACAUGAAGAUGAGAUUCAGUUUAUACUUGAUGCUAUUUCAGACUAUUUAGUUGUUAAGGUGCGGCGCACAGAUGUUCUUUCAGCUUGGAGUGGGAUUCGUCCGUUGGCUACAGAUCCUUCUGCAAAGAAUACUGAGAGCAUUUCCAGAGAUCAUGUUGUAUGUGAGGAUUUUCCUGGUCUGGUCACUAUCACUGGUGGCAAAUGGACCACCUAUAGAAGUAUGGCAGAGGAUGCUGUUGAUGCAGCUGUGAAGUCCGGGAAGCUGAAUCCUGAAAGUGGAUCUUUGACCCAUCGUCUAAGACUAACAGGUGCCAACGGCUGGGAGCCCUCGUAUUUUACCGUUCUUGCACAACAGUACAUGCGUAUGAAGAAGUCAUAUGGCAAUAAAGUUGUCCCUGGUGUGAUGGAUACUGCUGCAGCAAAACAUUUGUCUCAUGCAUAUGGUACUCUGGGUGAGCGUGUGGCUGCUAUAGCUCAGAAUGAAGGCCUGGGGAAGCGGCUUGCCCAUGGGUACCCCUUCCUGGAAGCCGAAGUAGCGUAUUGUGCACGCAAUGAGUACUGCGAAUCUGCAGUCGACUUCAUUGCCAGGAGGUCGCGGCUUGCCUUCCUAGACACCGAUGCAGCACACCGUGCAUUGCCACGAGUCAUUGAGAUCCUGGCCUCCGAGCAUAAGUGGGACAGUAAAAAGCAGAAGCAAGAGUUGGAAGAUGCCAAGCGGUUCCUGGAAACCUUCAAGUCCUCGAAAAACGCCCAGUUCCAUGACGGCAAGCAUCAGUAG